UUCGAAUCGAUAGGUAGAUUUAGUCGCUAAAUCGUUAAAACACUCACAAUAUGAAGCUGCUCUCGAUCGCUUUUCUAUUGGGACUUUUGGCUUUGGCUAGUGCCAAUCCAAUGAGUCCUGGCAAUGUGAUCAUAAACGGCGACUGCAAAGUUUGCAAUAUUCGAGGCGAUUAGAGUGUUGAACUCAAGCGAAUUUUUGUGGGAUUAUGAUAUAAAAUAAAAUCACUGAAACAACAAAAUGUAGUUUAUAAUAUAUGUAACUCAUUUUUGAAUUUAUAGCGCAAUGUAUUUAAUUACAAGUCGUUGUGAUACGUAGUCGCAUUUAAAAGACCUCCCAAGCAAAUGUUCCCAAUUUUACAGUUUUGUGUACGAAUAAAAUAAAUAAAACCCUUA